GGCUCUCUCUGUUUUUGUGUUUUUUUUUUGCUAAGCCAUAAUUCUUCUUCAAAGACGUCGGAGAUGGAUUACAGACCGACGAUCAUGAUCACCAACGACGACGGAAUCGACGCGCCGGGCCUGCGAGCUCUGGUUCAGGUUCUCGUCUCCACUUCUCGCUACAUUGUUCAAGUCUGCGCUCCCGACUCGGAAAAGUCAGCUGUUAGUCACAGCAUCACUUGGCGCCACCCACUUGCUGUAAAGCAAGUAGAAAUCGAAGGAGCCACUGCCUUUGCAGUCUCUGGAACUCCUGCAGAUUGUUCUUCUAUUGGGCUCUCAAAAGCAUUAUUUCCUUCACUUCCUGAUCUGGUAAUCAGCGGCAUUAACAUGGGUAGCAACUGCGGUUAUCACACUGUUUACUCCGGCACAGUCGGUGGAGCUCGGGAAGCUUUUUUUAAUGGUGUACCUUCUAUAUCUGUAUCUUAUGAUUGGGUUGCAGGUAAAAGCCAUACUGACGACUUCACACUCUCUGCUAAGGCUUGUUUACCUAUCAUUGAUGCGAUUUUGGUGGAGGUUAAGAGCCUUACAUAUCCGAAAAGAUCCUUUUUGAAUAUAGAUCUGCCAACAAAUGUUGCCAAUCAUAAAGGAUAUAAGCUAACUAAGCAGGGUAAGAGCAUAUUCAGAAUUGGAUGGACAGAAGUUUCUUCGGAUUUGCAAGGAGCCAAAAUGUUGUCAACCAUGACAAUGGAUACAGAUUUAGCAGGGUCUGCAGAAGUUGAAACUCCAACUGUGUCAACAGACCAUCGACUCUUCCGAAGACAAGUUACGGGUUCUGAAUUAGAUGAGGAGAAUGAUACAGAUCAACUAUUUUUGCGAGAGGGAUAUAUUACCGUCACCCCCCUUACCGCCACCUCUCGGGCUGAGAUGGAUUGCCAUGCCUACUACCUAGACUGGCUACCAGGAGUUGCUGAGCGCCUCUCUUCAUCAGCUCUGUGAUGCUUUAAGAUACAUCCUUUGAAUAAAAUUCUAUUCUCUUAAUUAGGUUUGGCUGCAGCAGUACCUGAUUAAAAGAGCUGUUUUGGAUGUCGAUUGUGCUUUAGUAUCUUUUAUUAUUUCUCUUUAGUAAGAAAUCAUAAUAUUGAAGGACAUUUAAAUGGCUGGUAUGGGCCUUGUGGCUUCCACUAAAUGGAAAAUAAAAUAAAUUUAUAUA